CUCUCUCCUCCCUCAUAUUCUCUCUUGGAGAAGAAGAUUUUUGGAUCCCCACAACCCCCAACUUCUUCUUCUCCUUUUUAUUAGUCAUUGAGUUUAAAUGGCUCAGCUAGCAGCAUUAUUAGUUUCAUUAUUAACGCUUGUUCUAUCAAUAUCAGGAGUAAUUUCAACGACCUUCACAAUAAUAAACAAGUGCGAGUAUACAGUAUGGCCAGGCAUUCUUUCCAACGCCGGUGUACCGGCACUGUCAACAACCGGCUUCGCGCUCCAAAAGGGCGAGUCCAAGACAAUCACGCCACCGACCUCCUGGGGCGGUCGCUUCUGGGGCCGAACCCACUGCUCCCAAGACUCCACGGGCAAGUUCUCCUGCGUCACAGGUGAUUGCGGCUCCGGAAAAGUUGAGUGUUCCGGGAAUGGCGGCGCGCUACCAGCGACGCUGGCCGAGUUCACGCUCGACGGCGCGGGCGGGUUCGACUUCUUCGAUGUCAGCUUGGUCGACGGAUACAACCUCCCUAUGAGGGUCGUGCCCCAGGGUGGGACCGGUCAGAAUUGCACAACCGUCGGCUGCGUGGCCGACCUCAACGAGUCGUGCCCCUCAGAGCUGCAGGUCAAUAGCGCCGACGCCAGCGGGAACGUUGCCUGCAAGAGCGCGUGCGAAGCCUUUGGGCAGCCCGAGUACUGUUGUAGCGGCGCGUAUGGUUCACCCAACACAUGCAAGCCGUCUACAUACUCUCAGAUCUUCAAGACCGCGUGCCCACAGGCUUACAGCUACGCGUACGACGAUAAGACGAGCACCUUCACAUGCGCCUCCGCAGAUUACACAAUUAGUUUCUGCCCCACCCCUAUCACCAGCCAAAAAGCUUCACAAGGUACGACGCAGGCCACCCCAGCUUCCACUACAACAACCACACCUUCCAUCGGCAGCACGAUGAUCUACGAGGGUCCCCAGGACGAAAGUACCGCAUCACCGUCCACUCGUGCCCACGUGUUCGGAUUCGAUUCCACCGUGGGUGUAGUCAGCAUCGCGGUGGCAAUUUGGAGGUUCUGGCAGCUCUUCUAACUUGUUCGCCAACUUUUUCAAGUUAGGCCCAAAAUCAUCCAAAAUUGCCAACACCAACCUCUAGCCGAGAUGCUGGCCCGUGGGCCAUACACUUUUUCGUAGCAUGGGCCAUGUGAUAUAGGUGGGGCCUUCAAGGUCGGCCAUUGGUGACGCGGAUACGAGUCAUGAUGUAGAAUCUCACCUGUCAAAUUGAUGGCUACCCACUAGCAUAGAGUAUGGCCAUUCAAUGUGAAAGGAAGUGAAAUAGAUAAUGGAAUUCUUUGAAAAUCAUUUUAUUAUUAUUAUUGAGUCCAAUUCUUUUUUAUAUAGGAAGAAGAAAAGGGAUGGGGGAUUCCUUUGUUUGUUUUUAGGAUAAAGUGUCGAUUAUUUCAUGUAACCACCGCAUUUGGUGCAAAAUAAUGUCUAUGUGUUUGAUGUCA